AAAUUUGAGAUUCAGACGUACUAUAUUUUAUCGAUAACGUUGUCACAGUGGUACGAAGAGUUGUUGGCUAAGUUGUUGCGGCCAUCAUUUAAAAAUAAAUUGGUUUUGUUUGUGUCUGGAUGCAUGCGAAUUGCAAGUAUGGAGCAGUAUCUAAGUCGCCGGGAGAGUGGCUUUCGCUCGUGGGGCGACGAGGACUUUGUGAUGCGUCGCAUAUACACAACAAUGAACAUGUUCAAUAGCUACCAUGCCAAUCUGCGUCCCGACGAGGCCGGACGCCACACUGGGGCGAUUUUUAAUUUGGAAUUCAAUGCCGAUGGCAAUGUGCUGGUGGCCGCCACCGAGCGCAAGUGCGUCUUGGUUUUCGAUGCCAUCACACAGAAAGAAAUCGUCAAGGUACCCGACGCCCAUACCGACAGCGUCAACUGCAUCAAGUUCUUUGACGAGCGACUCUUUGCCACGGGCUCUGAUGAUUUUACCGUGGCACUGUGGGACUUGCGCAACAUGCGCGAAAAGCUUCGUGUCUUGCAUGGCCAUUCCAAUUGGGUGAAGAACAUCGAGUACUCGUCCAAGGACAAGCUGCUCGUCAGCUCCGGCUUCGAUGGCAGCAUAUUCACAUGGGACAUUGCCUCGCACACAGAACAGGGCCUCAUCUCGCAGCGUGUGUUCCAUGCUAGCGGCCUUAUGAGAUGCCGCAUCUCUCCGACGGGCGACAAGCUGGUGUUAUGCACCAGCGGUGGCUACAUAAUGAUCAUCCAUCACCUGGACUUGACCACAUUACACAAGGACCUCAGUGGCUUCAGACCUGGCAUCUAUCGUCUCAUGCAACUGGGCGAUCAGUACAUACCACAGGCGGCCAAAUACGAUCAUGUAUUUUCGAGGCGCCAGAAGAAGAAUCGUGUGGAGCUGGUCACAGACUUCCCGGAGCAGAACGACGCUGAGAUGAUAAUGGCCCUGCAGAUUCAUCCCCACUGCCGCUGCAUGCUCACGCGAAAUGUGAGCUGCGACGAACAGAGCGAGUGGACCUGCAUACACGACAUCAACGAGGAGGUUCCCACGGCAGAGUCUGAACAGGAGGACGAGGUCAAACUCAAAAGACGCCACCCAUCUAGCACGUCCAGCCGUGCAGCCAGUACGUCGGAGACGCCACCAUCCACUCUGGAGGGCUCAGAAGUGACUUCAGCGCGUCCGACUCGACGGGUUACACGCGGCUUGCACUUAUUCCGCUAUAAUCCAACUUCCGGCCGUGGUGGCAGCGCGGCAGUUGCAAGGUAUCUGAACGAUCGACCAGAAAGCUUUAUACCCGACAUCUGGGCAGCAGAGGUGACCGUACAAGAGCGCGCCACACGCCAGAAUCGUGCGCGUGAGGCCAACAACCAAGUGAGUGGAUAUAAUUUUGUGUAUGCUAUAAGCAGUGGUGUCUUACCAUUGCGUCAGGCGGCAGCGGCGGCGGCGGUAAGCCAACGCCAGCCGACCACGGGCACCGACUGUCCACCCAGCACCGAGGAAGCGACAGCAGAGAGAAGCAGCAGCACGAGUAGCACCAGCAGCACUAGCAUCAGCACCAACGGCACCACAGUACGCGUGGAGAUCGGAACGCGUCGCCUAGUCCCAUUUGUGGCCACCACGGCACCAGAACUCAAAGCGAAUGGCCAUUCCAUACUGGUGAAUGCCAAGAAGCUGCUCUACUAUGCCUCCGAGACGAACACCAAGCCGGGCUUCAUCAAGGAGCCGGGCUUCUCCGCCGACGGACGUAUCAUCUGCUCGCCCUACGGCAAUGGCGUGCGUCUCUUGGGCUACAGCGCCGACUGCUGCGACUAUCCCAGCUACAAGACUUUCGACGAGGUGAAGCAGAGCCCACGCCAAUUGGUGGAACUGGCACACAUUACGGAGCAUCAGGAUGUGGUGCUCUGCGCCAAAUUCAGUCCCCGAGAGCCCCUACUCGUUACGGGCUGCAACAGCGGGGAGGUGACCUGGUAUCGGCCCAAUCUUUAGGAGUUUUAAGUUUUACUACACCCAAAACUUGUAAAUUGUUUAUAUUUUAAUUAAUGUAGUAGUUCUGUAGUCGAUGCUGCCAGUCAAGGAAUCUCUUCUUGAGAAUACAUGGAAAAUUUGGUGGACCGAUUAA